UGGUCCGGGCCGCGCAUGCGCAGAGCCUUCCCGUCGGUGUCCCGCCCUCCCCCUCCCCUCUGUCUUCUCUGCACUGGGAGCAGCUUUCGUGCUACAGCCCCUGACAGCCUGACAAUGUAUGCCUGCUCCAAGUUCGUCUCCACGCCCUCCUUGGCCAGGAGCACCUCGCAGCUGCUGAGCCGGCCGCUGUCCGCAGUGGUGCUCAAGAGACCCGAGACGCUGACAGAUGAGCGCCUGAGCAGCGUGGCAGCCCCGUGUCCCCUGACCCCACUUGUCCAGAGCCGUAGCUUCCAAACCAGCGCCAUCUCAAGGGACAUUGAUACAGCAGCCAAGUUCAUUGGGGCCGGGGCUGCCACAGUUGGGGUGGCUGGCUCUGGGGCUGGGAUCGGGACUGUAUUUGGGAGCCUCAUCAUUGGUUAUGCCAGGAACCCUUCCCUGAAGCAGCAGCUCUUCUCCUACGCGAUUCUGGGCUUUGCGCUCUCGGAGGCCAUGGGGCUCUUCUGCCUGAUGGUGGCCUUUCUCAUCCUCUUCGCCAUGUGAAAGAGUCGUCGCCACCUCCCGCAGGUCUUUGUCCCGUCCUCGUCUGCCCUGUGCGGUCCCAUUCCUGUACCUUCCCAGGACACCUGGGGCAAGUGGUUGGCUCAGGGUUUGACAGAGGGAAGACAAAUAAAUACUGUAUUAUAAGAUG